AUGAGUUUAGCCGCACCCAAUACACCCACUGUAUUUGUAAAUACGCAGAGCUAUCCACAUCCCCUGCUGCUGCUGCUGCUGCAGCAGCAGCAGCAGCAGCAGCAGCAGACGGGGGAAAGCAGCAGCAGCAGCAGCAGCAGCAGCAGCAGCAGCAGCAGACAGGUGUAUGUACACUGGAAACAGCAGCCUGCUGCUGCUGCAGCAGCAGCAGCAGCAGCAGCAGCAGAGGGGGUCCAGCAGCAGCAGCAGCAGCAGCAGCAGCAGCAGCAGCAGCAGCAGCAGACAGGUGUAUGUACACUGGAAACAGCAGCAAAAAUAUUUGAAAUAGAAGCUAUAAAAGCAACAAACAACAGCUUGCUGCAGUACGGUGCUCGUGAUUUGUUUUUUAAUUCUUUGCUGCUGCAGCUAGCAGCAGCAGCAGAGAACGAAGCAGCAGCAGCAGCAGCAGCAGCAACAGGAGGAACAACAGCAGCAGCAGCAGCAGCAGCAGGAGGAUUAGUCGAUAUAAAACUACAGCUAGAACACUAUAAAGAAAUAAAUAUACAUUUCAAUACAAGCAGAGAGCAGCAGCUGCUGCAGCAGCUGCUAGCAGCAGCAGAAGAGAGAGAUGAAGCAGCAUUUGUUGCUGCUGUUGCUGCAUACGACAGCAUCACUAAACUAAACCCAUGGAGAGUGCAUCUCCUAUUAAAAGCGAAGCAGCUAGUUGCUGCUGAUGCUGCUGCUGCUGGCAGCAGCAGCAGCAGCAGCAGCAGCAGCAGCAGCAGCAGCAGCAACAGCAACAGCAGCAGCAGAUGCCGUGCAGCAGCAGCAGCAGCAGAUGCUGCUGCUGCAGUUUCUGCUGCAAUGUUGCUGCUAUGUGCAUUAUGA